AUGGGUGCUCCCAUUGCACCGUUAAUGGCUGAGCUCUUUAUGACAGACUUUGAGGAAAAGAAUCCUGCAUCAAUUAGACAGAAUGGAGUAAGAUUUUGGUGUCGUUAUGUGGAUGACACUUUUGUUCUUUUGGAGAAACAUGUCGAUCCGUAUAUAAUAGCUGUUUUAUUAUCUAGCUUCCAUCUAUCAUUGGCUUUUACGUUCGAGUCAAAGGAUGAGAAUAAUAGUAUACCAUUUCUAGAUGUACAAAUAACUCAUUCAAGCCCAGGCUUUAGUACAAAAGUUUAUAGAAAAUCUACCUUUACUAGUCUCCUCACUCGAUGGGACUCGUAUGUACCUGAUAUAUAUAAACGUAAUGCUAUAGGGACAAUGGUGCACAGAGCCAUUCGUAUAUGUUCGUCAUACAAGUUGCUCGAUGAGGAAUUUGAGAAAACUAUGGAAAUUGCUGGUCACAACGGUUAUCCCAAUAGGUACGUAGAUAAAAUAAUUUGGGAAAAAUUGGAUCAGUAUUACACACUAAAAGUACGUGAGCCUACUGUAUUAAGAGAACGCGUGGUCUUGAAGGUACCAUUUUAUGGACAAGCAAACAUAGUCUACGGGAGACGUGUAUCAACAGCAGUUCAAAAUAAUUUUCCCUUGAAAGAAGUAAAGGUCGUGUAUGAGACUGAGAAGUUAGAUAAGUGCUUCAAUACAAAAGACAAAGUACCUAGUCCACUUGAAUCGGGAAUUGUUUAUAAAGGCACUUGCUCCGUAUGUAAUGAAUUUUAUAUUGGAAAAACGUACCGACAUUUUUGUAAAAGAACAAAAGAACAUUUAAGUGAUCAAACAAAACUUAUCGGAAUCUUUGAACCCACACUCGUAACACCGUCUCUCAAGGCAACAAAACAUAAUACCCUCACACUAAGUGGAAAAGUGUCUGAAAUGAAAGACUCUUCUGGCAACACUAGUUGCUCUUCACAACGAAUAACAGAGUCACAUUGUGUUACCCGAUCACAAACAGGCUGUUUAUCUAGACUUUGGACAACCUCAACCCUCGAACUAAGUAUAAUUGAGGAAACUGUUGAGCAGCUCUGCUGUAUAAAAAAUAAUAACAAAAGAAAAUAUAACUCAGUUUAUGUUGCAAAAUCGGCUAUCGGUAAGCACUACUCUAAUACUGGACAUGUGAUUACAGAUAAUAACUUUGAAAUUGUUUUACGAGAAAAACAAAAGUAUAAGUUGCUGGUUAAGGAAUCGCUAGUCAUUCGGGCUAGUUUAUCCAUGCUUAAUGGUACUGAUCGUUCGGUACCACUGUACGUGUAUUCUGAAGGGGUAAAAUCAAAUCUCUGGGAUAGAAAAAGAAUUCCUAGGAAAGGUGUUGGAGGCUAG